AGAUUUGGGCCAACAAUCUUCUCUUCCCUGGAAGUGGGAGAGAGUUUGGCGGCCCAGCGUGGGGACUCCUGUUCCUAGGCAACCUGCAGCCGCCGGCCUGGACUUUCUGGAGUCUACCCGGAACUGUGUCUUUCCAGCUUGUCCUGUCUGGAGCUGUCUCAGGAGUUUCUCGGUAGAAUUGCCCCAGCUUUCUGUUAAGUGCUGAGAUACAAGUAUACUGCAGACGUGAACUUGAAUGGAUUUAGAGGUUAAAGGAAUUGCUGCUUCUCUUACAAAUCAGCCGUUCUCUGGAAGAAAGAAGCUGCUGCAACAAGGACAGACUCCAAGAUCAUGGGCAAUCCAGAAUCCUAGUCUACCUGUGGUUCCACGACUUGAUUUGGGAAGCCUCAUUGACUCUGAUGAAGAGGAUGAUUUUUCACAUAUUCCACUUAGUACUGCACAUAUUCAUUUUAACCCACCAAAUUCAUCUUCUGCUCUUAGUUGGGUCACACCAUGUCAGAUAUCACAUACCCAGCAUCAUCUAAAUGAACUGGAGCAAGACAUAAUACCUGAAAACUUGCCAGCACCAACAAGCAAAUAUAAACUAAAAUAUCAGCAAUAUGAAACUGAAAUGAAAGAGGGAUAUAAACAGUAUAGUCAGAGAAAUGCAGAAAAGACAAAAUCAAAGAUCACACAACAAUCUCCAAGAAAAAAGAUAGAUGACAAGUGUGUACAAGGUGAAGAAUCCAUCGUGGGUGGUCUUACCACUCUGGAUAGGAAAGCCCUCUUACAACAGGGUUAUGCAGACAUCCCUUACAAUGCACAAAGUUGUAUGAAAAAAUCUGAUGCUGAAAUGGUGGCUGCAGAGAGGAAGAAACAGACUGUGGCAGAGCAAGUGAUGAUAGACCACUUAUCUAGGGCUGUAAUCAGUGAUCCUGAACAAAACCUACCCACUGAGAGACCAGAAAGCGCUCCUAUCUUUCUAGAUUCAAAGACAGCGCCUCUUCGAUUUAGGAAAAGAACACUACAUGAAACCAAGAUAAGAACCCAUUCUACACUAACUGAAAAUAUGCUUUCUCAUAAAGUACAAUUUGAUGGUAGGAUCAUAUCAAGAAAUGGACAUGAUGCCUGCAGAGAGUUGGUUGGUUUCUUUUUUGCUCAUGACCAGUCCCUAACAAUUUAUGAAUAUCGGCAAUUUGGGAAAAAUAGAACAAGUGUGCUUCCUUUUAUUCAAAAAAACAUUUAUAGUCAUCAGUGUGGACGAAGAAAAGGAAAACAAUACCAACUUGGCGAUUUUUAUAUUGGUGCAAACUUGACAUUUUUGAGUUCUGAUCAUUCCAGUCUUCCAGAGAGCAUAAAAGAAAACACAUUACUUAUACUUCGGAUCACUAAUAUUGAUCAGAUAGCUUUGGAUUCUCUCAAAACUGAUUCUGUGGAGCCUGAGGAUAAUUUAACCAGUCAAGAACCUAACGAUAGGCUUAUUUUAAAGGCUGUUCAAGAUGCACUAAAAGAACAGCUACACAAAAGAGGUGUUCGUAUUUUGACUGGAUUGGCAAAAUAUCUUCAACAAUUGGACAAAGAAGGAACUGGACUUUUAGAUAAGGCAGAUUUUAAGCAAACUCUCCAAGUAUUUCACUUAGAAGUGUCUGAAAAUGAUUUUGAGUCUGCAUGGCAAAUUCUGAAUGGCAAUGACAGUGGCAAGGUUGAUUAUGGAGAAUUCAAACGUGCCAUUAUUGGUGAAAUGAACGAAUACAGGAAAUCGUUUGUUCGAAAGGCCUUCAUGAAAUUGGAUUUCAACAAAACUGGCUCUGUGCCUAUUACAAACAUAAGAAAAUGUUACUGUGCAAAGAAGCAUCCUCAAGUAAUUUCAGGCCAUUCCACAGAGGAAGAAAUCAAAUUAUCUUUUCUAGAAACAUUAAAAGAUGCCUGCAGCAAGUCUGAUGAAGUGACCUAUGGUGAAUUUGAAGAUUACUAUGAAGGUCUAAGUAUAGGGAUAGUACAUGAUGAAGAUUUUGUUAAUAUUGUACGUACUCCUUGGGGAAUUUAAUUUUUUAGAAUGAGUGUGUCUUCAGCACUGAGCCUUCUAAAGGCGAGGUGAAUUGAAUGUAAAAUGUGGUCAAACCCUGGAAUAUAUUUUUCUAGGACUUCUUUUGUUUUUUGUUUUUCUCAAACAGGUUGAGUCUGGUAGGAGGAAUCAGAAAAAGAGCUGAAGGGUGGUAUAUGUCUGGUCAUGUGCAUGUCUGAGUGUUUGCCUGACUCUAAGCGUGUAAAGCUCUAUCUUUCUGAUUCAUUACUUAUCUUGGAUAUGUUUUAAAGGUCAUUUUUUAAAUAUUUUAUUUUAUUUUAUUUGUGUGUGUGUGUUUGUGUUCCAAAAUUCAUUGUUUAUGCACCACACCCAGUGCUCCAUGCAAUACAUGCCCUCCAUAAUACCCACCACCAGGCUCACCCAACCCCCCACCCCCUCCAUAAAGGUCAUUGUUAAAAUUAGGCUUCAUAGGAAAGUUACAUCUGUAUCAAACUAUAUGAGAGCUUCAGUAUAGUAACCAAGUUACUCGUCCAUUGUUUUUUGGCUACUCAUUCCCCAAAAUAUGAUUGCCACCAUUCUCAAUUUGAUGAACUGGAAUUGGGUCCAAAGCCUCUAAGACUUCAAAUAGUUCAGCUUGUUUAAAACAUUUGAAAACGUUAAAAGAAUUAGAGGAUAUGCAAGAGAAAUUUUCCACAUGGUAUAGAUGUUUUGUGUAGCAUAAAUAUUUAGAAUGAUGGAGGCUUACCCUUCAAAUGCUUAUUUAAAUACUGACUUGUCUUGUGGAUUCUUCUAAAUUAUGUGCUGUUGUUUGUCCAGUAGAGCACAAUGUAAUUAUUCAAGUGAUCAGCUCUGUUCCUUCUUUUGUUCUAUUUUUAACUGGAAUCCUUAUUACCUACACAGAAUUACUGUUAGCUAGAAACAGUACAAAAUGAGAGGGAAAAUAUUUUCUUAGAUUUUUAAAUAAAGAUCUCAAAAAGUGCAUUAUCCCAUGUAUGGACUCAGGGAUAGUUUAGUAAUUCUUAACAAAAUGUAAAAGGAUGUUUGUGUCCUAAAAUGAAUGUAUGUUAUUUCAGUGUAGAGUUAGAAAAUACAUAUUCAAUAUGUUAUUUGUGUAUUUUGUUAAAUUUUAAUUGGUGGCACAAUAAAUUAUUCUGCAUUUG